CCGAGUCAAAUAAACUAUCAGUUUAUUUCGCCCGAUUCACUAACAGAUGUACCCAGCGUCCAUAAAUUGAUUUCAUGGCAUAAUAAGUCAAAUGGAUCCACUAGAUCAUUUCACACAUAUCUCUUUAACUUAUACCUGUUGAUUUAGACAUUCUCUAUGUAAAUGCGUAAAAAGGAUGAUGAAGUCAGAAGCGAAAAAUUUUUUAAGUUAUUUUUCUACUUCGUUUUUUAUUUAAUCACUGUGACGUCUUUUUCAGUUUCUUGUAGAGUUAACCUUAUUAUGGAAGCCUAUAUCCUAAUUGUAUUAUUUUUCACGAUUAUAAUGGUCGUCACGAAUUCGCAAAAUGAGAUUGUAUCACGAGUGAAUGAGACAUUUUUAAAUGAAAUUAAAAACCGUCUACCUAAAGACGUUAUACCAAGCAAAUAUAUUAUUGCUAUUUCGCCAGAUUUCGUAAAGGAUGAAUUUCAUGGCGCCAUUCAGAUAGAUUUUGAGGUUUUGGAAAACAGAGACCACGUAAUUUUACAUGGAAAAAAUUUAACCAUCACCUCAAGUAAACUGUACAGAUAUAAAUUAAGAGAUGAAAAGGAGAAAAUUCCCAUAAAAACAAUCUGCACCGUUGAUAAAUAUGAAAUAAUUAUUCUCAAUCUGUACGAAUCGAUUCAAGGAAAAUAUUCAUUGAGGAUGAACUUCAGUGGAUCGUUAAUCGAUAAAAUAAAUGGCUUUUAUCUCAGCACCUAUCAAAAUCAAAACAACAGUUCCUUAAGGAAAAUGGCUGUUACCCAAUUCGAGCCGGUUUACGCAAGAAAAACAUUUCCCUGCUUUGACGAACCAAACUUCAAGUCGAUAUUUCACAUGAGAAUUGUUUACAACUCAAAAAAUGGAUAUCACGCGCUUUCAAAUAUGCCUGCCGUAAAAGUAGAACAUCCCAUGAAUAACUCAGACUUGACCAUAACAACAUUCGCAGCCUCGUUACCGAUGUCCACGUAUCUCCUAGCCUUCAUCGUCAGCGACCUGAUCUGCUCAACGAGUUCCGUCAAGAGUCUAGACGGUCGCAGUAUACCUAUCAGCAUCUACAGCAAGUCCAAUGACAGAAAUAAAAUUCAAUUGGCUCUGACAGUCUCUGCGAAAGCAAUGCAAUUUUAUGGGACUCUUUUCGGAAUUGAUUAUCCAUUGCCAAAAAUUGAUUUAGUAGCCGUGCCGGAUUUCGCUGCUGGCGCCAUGGAAAAUUGGGGUCUGAUUACUUUUCGAGAAAGUCAAUUAUUUUUUAACGAAAACCACAGUUCCUGCGCCAAUAUGAAAAGCGUCGCUCUCACGAUAUCCCACGAGUUGGCACACAUGUGGUUUGGGAAUUUGGUCACCUUGAAAUGGUGGGAAGAUCUUUGGCUGAACGAAGGUUUUGCUACGUAUAUGGAACACUUGGCAGUGGAUUAUAUAUUCCCAGAAUGGCGUCAGAGAGACGCAUUCAUUCUCGAUACCAAAUACGUCACUAUGAAACACGAUUCUAAGAUCAGUUCACAUCCAGUCGUACAUAGAUCCGAGAAUUCGGAUGAAAUAGGCGAAAUGUUCGAUCGUAUCUCUUAUCAAAAGGGUGCAGCCAUUAUUAGAAUGCUGGAAGACGCCAUGGGUGAUUACAAGUUUAUCUGUGGCAUAAAAAAUUAUCUGAAGACUUAUAUGUAUGGAAAUGCUGAAACUUGUCAGCUUUUUCAAAUAUUGCAGAAAUACUUUAGACCGGAUAUUGAUGUAGUCAAGUUCAUGAGUAGUUGGACCAACUAUCCUGGAUUUCCGGUUAUAAGUGUUCACUGUCAUGGCGACUCUCUGAGACUUACUCAAAAACGUUAUAUCUCUGGUAGCAGUGAAAACAUUGACUCCAAACAAAGCUGGGAUAUUCCUAUAAAAUAUAUAACUAGCAGAGAAGAUAGUGUACAGUUUGGUUGGUUCUUAGGAAAUUCCUCUUGCGUGGAACUAGCACUAGAGGCGCCAGUGCGUUGGAUUAAAUUGAAUCAUCAAUCUGUUGGCUAUUAUAUUGUGAAUUAUACAUUGGAUGCUUGGAAAAUGUUCAGUCAUUUACUUAUUGAAGAUUUUGAGAUUCUAGAUCCUCUCGACAGGGCGGACUUGCUUCACGAUGCUUUUCUACUGGCUGAUUCAAAUGAUCUUUGCUACUGUGCUGUACUAAACCUAACGACUUAUCUGACCAAUGAAAAUGCUCUUCAGCCCUGGACGGUGGCUGCCAACUGGUUGCAUCAAACAGACAAAUUAUUAUCAGGAACAAAACUGUAUCUGCACUUCCAGUGUUAUGCACAAACAUUGCUCGACACCAUUUACAAAAAAGUUGGCUGGAAGGUGGAGAAAAAUGAAUCAAUGACGCGCAGAGAGUUACGUGUAGUCAUUUUGAAAAGUGCUUGCACAGUUGGUCAUAAAGAUUGUCUGGCAGUUGCAAAAACAAGGCUUAAGGAUUUCAUUGCAAGUGGUGGCGCCACCAAACCACAUGCAGACUUGCGAUCUAUCGUUUAUUCCUUUGGCCUGAUUUCGCUUGGCAGCGAAGCUCAAAGCAUCUUUGAGAAGAUGUGGCAUUUGUUUUUGUGCGAGACCGACGUUCAGGAAAAAGAAAAAUUAAUGAUAGGUUUGGCAAGCGUGAGAGACGAGAAUAUUCUCAACAGAUAUUUGAUUAAUGUGACAAACGAGAAUAUUGUACGGAGGCAAAACUUUUUUGAAAUAAUCGUUAAAAUUGCAUCGAAUCCAAUGGGAUUGAAUAUCGUAUGGGAUUUCGUAAGAGAUGAUUGGCAAAAACUUGUGAACAAAUAUACACUGAAUGACUUCUCUAUGGGUCUUGCAGUCGGUUCAAUAGUAUCUUUGUUCAAGGAUAACCAAAAACUGGAAGAGGCCAAAAUCUUCUUCACGAAACAUCCAGAAGCCGGCGCCGGGAGCAAUGCACGUCGCGACGCCCUUGAGGAAGCAGCUAACAGCAUCAAUUGGCUAACCUCAAAUUUACCAAAAAUCCAAAAAUGGAUGCAAACUAAUGAAUUCACGAGGAAUGUAGAAGCAAAAAAGAUUUAAUUGUACCAGACAAUUAUUAACUAAUUAUUACCACCGUAUACUGAGUAUUUGUUUAUUGAUUGAUUAAAAAAAAAUAUAAACUAUAUAUAAUUAAA